GACCCGAAUCGCGUCUUCGUCUCCGCAAACACCAAACCGGAAUCCGCUGCCAUUCGCGGCCUCCGAGUUCGUCGUCUUUUCUAGUUUUCCACCAUUAAUCGCACUAGAAAACGCUAAAAAUGUUCCCAUUUUUUCAUCGGGGGAGGAGUUUGAUUGCGAGGAGCUUUUCCUCUCUGCGCUCCGAUCAGUUCAAUGUAUGCGUCGUCGGUAGUGGUCCUGCUGGCUUCUACACUGCCGAGAAGAUGUUGAAAGGGCAUGAAAGCGGCGAAGGUUGACAUCAUUGAUAGGCUACCGACGCCAUUCGGAUUGGUUCGCUCUGGUGUUGCGCCAGAUCAUCCUGAGACGAAGAUAGUGGUGAACCAGUUCUCUCGGGUGGCGGGGAACGAAAGGUGCUCGUUCUUUGGGAAUGUGUCGCUUGGAAGUCAUGGUGUUUCUCUGUCGGAGCUUCGUCAGCUGUAUGAUGUGGUUGUGCUUGCUUAUGGUGCAGAAAGUGACAGAUCUCUUGGUGUACCUGGGGAAGAUCUGGGAGGAGUAUACUCUGCUAGAGAGUUUGUCUGGUGGUAUAAUGGACACCCUGAUUGCAAAGCAAUGCCUAUUGAUUUGAAAAGCACCGAUGCUGCUGUAGUUCUUGGCCAGGGCAAUGUGGCUCUUGAUGUUGCUCGAAUUCUUCUACGGCCCACAGCUGAAUUAGCUGCAACAGAUAUCGCUGACCAUGCCCUUGCUGCUCUCCAGGAGAGCACUAUAAGGAAAGUAUACUUGGUUGGAAGACGUGGUCCAGCACAGGCAGCUUGCACUGCAAAGGAACUUCGUGAAAUUCUUGGUAUAAAAGAUCUGUAUGUUCACAUUCAAGAAUCCGACUUAGUUAAAUCACAGACAGAUGAGAUGGAAUUAGAGAAUAGUAGAAUCCGAAAAAGAGUUUUCGAGUUGUUUGCAAAAAGAGCUGCUUCUCACAGGUCUAAUGCCAUCAAGGGCCAGCGUGAACUGCACUUUAUAUUCUUCAGGAAGCCGGAUAGGUUCUUACCUUCAGAUAGUGGCUUGCACGUCAGUGGUGUACGCUUGGAGAAGACAAGUUUGAAAGAAAAUGGCGAAUCUGGCAGACAGGUGGCUGUUGGCACAGGCCAGUUUGAUGACCUCAAGUGCGGGAUGGUGCUGAAAAGCAUAGGUUACAAAUCUGUUCCAGUGGAUGGAUUACCUUUCGACAUGCAUCAAGGUAUAGUUCCAAAUAUCAGAGGCAGGGUGGUCAAUGGAGCUCCACCGGAGCAUGCAGCCGUGGAGCAUGGUUUGUAUGUGGUCGGAUGGCUCAAAAGAGGACCUACAGGAAUCAUUGCCACCAACCUUUAUUGUGCUGAAGAAACUGUAGAGAGCAUCUUGGAAGAUGAAAAGAAAGGAUUAUUGAUAUCUGAUUCACAGAAGUUAGGAAGACAAGGGCUUCUCCAAAUACUAGAAAAUAAAGGUGUAAACUAUGUGCCUUUUAGUGGCUGGCAAAAGAUAGAUUCUGAGGAGAAGUUGAGAGGUCAAUUGAAAGGUAAACCCAGAGACAAAAUCACUGAUUGGGAGGAGUUGCUUAGAGUUGCCAAUGCAUGAAAGUUAAUUAUUUGUGAGAAAUGUGCAAAUUCUAUUGCUUAAAAGUUAUCUCAGAUCAUUCCUGUAAUAAAAUGCUCUGGAGAGUCAUUCCCAUUUUAAGUCUGCUUUGCAGCACACUAAAAUAGAUCGAAUGUUUGUUUACAAAGGAAAAGUUAAAGUGCACUCUUGGUAGGUUUUGCACGCCUCAUUGUAACUUGAAUUCACUUCGGAGUAAUAAAAGAU